CCAUUUAAUACAGAAGCUCUGGCAGUGUGAAAUUAAGCUGCAGAAAGUCGGGGCACUGGAAAACUUCAUCAGAUAACAGGGAGAAAGGUUCAGUUGUAAGAAAUGGAUGCUAAAGGAUUACAAGGAGAAGAUAAACUGAAGAUGCUCAUAAUUUUACUAGCUUAUUUGCUAAGUAGAGUGAUUUGUGAGACUGGAGAUUGCAGAGAGCAAGAAUUUAGGGACCACACCGGAAACUGUAUCCUCUGCAAACAGUGUGGACCUGGAAUGGAACUCUCAAAGGAAUGCGGCUUUGGAUAUGGGGAGGAUGCACAGUGCAUGACAUGCAGGCCAAACAGAUUCAAGGAAGACUGGGGUUUUCAGAAAUGCAAGCCUUGUCUGGAUUGUGCAUUAGUUAACCGGUUUCAGAAGGCCAACUGUUCUGCCACCAGCAAUGCACUAUGUGGAGACUGUUUACCAGGAUUUUAUAGGAAGACUAAGCUUGGAGGCUUUCAAGACAUGGAGUGUGUUCCUUGUGGUGAUCCUCCUCCUCCCUAUGAGCCUCACUGUACCACCAAAGUAAAUCUUGUGAAGAUCCCUUCUACUGCUUCCAGUCCUCGAGACACUGCUCUUGCAGCUGUUAUAUGCAGUGCACUCGCAACAGUGCUCUUAGCUCUUCUUAUUCUUUGUGUUAUCUAUUGUAAGAGGCAGUUUAUGGAGAAGAAACCAAGCUGGUCUCUGAGAUCACAAGACAUUCACUACAAUGGCUCUGAAUUGUCAUGUUUUGAUAGACCACGGCUAAAUGAAUAUGACCACAGAACAUGUUGCCAGUGCCAGAGAAGUACAUCACAGACAUGUGGACCAGUUCACUUGAUUCCAUCACUGUGCUGUGAUGAAACCUGUAGCAUGGAGCAUAGCAGUCACAGUUGUGCUUUCCACUCACAGACUACGCUUAAUGAAAGGGCUUCUGAUUCUGUUGGAGAAAUGAUUCCUACCUUCCUUGGUUCUCUUUCACACUCUACCUGUGGAGAUAUUUCAGAUGCUUGGCCUCUUAUGCAAAACUCAGCUUGUUGUGACAGCAUUUCUUUCUGUGAAUCAUAUUCAGAACUGGCUGGAGGAUCUGCAAAAUCCUGCAGCCCUGUGACUGAAAAUGCAGCCACUGUUGAGUUGGAUAAUAACCAGGAACUGAGUGAAGUACUUAUUUCAGCUAAGUCUCUUGAUGGAAACGUUGCAAAGUCCUUUGAAAUCUCCAAACAUAGAACAUGCAUAGAAGUUUCAUCACUUCAGAACUCAGCGGCUGCUGAAACCCAGCCAAAGACAAAGCGUAAUGGAACAGCAAAUGACUCUACAGAUUGAU